AUGGCUCCAAUGGCUACUACAGAGAGCCUCAAGAACGGCACCGAGUCCGGCCCCAGCCAUAUCAAUGUGUCCAAGGCCAAUGGAUACCACUUGGACAGCAACGGUACCAAUGGUCACAACGGCCACAACGGCUCGACUCCCAGAUAUACCGGCUUCUCGCCUGCCUCUACAGACUCACGCCCACAGACCGCGUCUUCAAAAUCUUAUCAAGAGGAACCUCCAUCCAAUGGCAUCAGAUACAGCAAAUCCCACAGGAUACCAACGUUCGGAAUCCACGAAGAAGACAACGCCCCUAGAUCCAGGAGUUACGCCAACAUCCGCACAUAUGCCGACGAUGCUCGCAGGCAAUACCCUCGCAUAUCCAAGCCGGUCGAGCUGAUGCGCAGCAGCUAUGAUGUCGUUGUCAUUGGUUCAGGGUACGGUGGUGCGGUCGCCGCAUCCCGCCUCGCCCGUUGCCAAGAUGCCAACGGCAAGCGCCAGUCUGUAUGUGUACUGGAGCGAGGCCAGGAGAAGUGGCCUGGUGAAUAUCCUACUGGAGUCCUCGAUGCCUUUGACGAGGUUCACGUUUCCGGCGAGUUUGCCCCUGGUUGGCUCCCCAGCACAACCGUUGAAAGGGGUGACCCGACUGGCAUGUACCACUUGAUCUUCGGAAAGGGGCUGAAUGCUAUUGUUGGCAAUGGCCUGGGUGGCACGAGUCUGAUGAACGCCAAUGUCUUCCUUGAAGCGAACGAGGCCACAUUGUCUAUGCCCAUCUGGCCCAAGUCCAUCAGGGAGAACCCAAAGUGUCUGGAGAAGUUUUACCAAAGAGCUCGGGAUGUCCUCGAGCCCACCCAAUACCCAGAUGACUGGCCCGAACUUCCCAAAGUCAACCUCUUCAAGAAGCAGGCCGUCGCUCUUGGCAUGUCCGACAAGUUCAAGAUGGUCCCUCAAACCACCAGAUUCCGCAAUGGUCCUAACAGUACUGGUGUGGAGAUGUCCCCUUCAGCCUUGACCGGCCAGGAUUGCACUGGUGUCAAUGAUGGCUCCAAGACGACCACACUGGUGACUUACUUGGCCGAUGCCUGGAACUGGGGUGCAGAAAUGUUCUGCGAGAGCGAAGUUCGUUUCAUCAAGAAGGCCGACCCGCGUAUUGGCGGCUACCUCAUUUUCUUUGCCUGGCACGGACGGAAUCGUGGUCACUUCAAGGCCAAUCUCCACGGAGACUUGAUGUGGGUGCAUGCCAAGGAGUGCGUCUUCCUUGGUGCCGGUGCUAUCGGUAGCACUGAGAUCCUCCUCCGUAGCAAGGAGAUGGGGUUGCCCCUGAGUCCCCGUGUCGGCGAAAACAUGAGCGGAAAUGGCGAUAUGCUGGCCUUUGGAUAUAAUAUGGACGAGGAGGCGAACGCGAUCGGAAAGCCCUUCCCGAACCCAUAUAACCCCAUUGGGCCUACCAUCAACUCCGUCAUUGAUGAUCGCGAAGGACAUGAGAACCCUCUCGACGGAUAUGUCAUCCAAGAGGGAGCGAUCCCUCGUUCUUUGACACCGUUUCUCCAGACCCUUCUGGAGAUGAUGCCUGGUAGCAUCGAAGCCACUGGAGAGCCGUUCCAGGAGAAGGUCCGCUCCGCGUUCGCUCGGUACUCGAGCCAUCUGUUCGGCGCGUAUCGCCAGGGCGGAUCCAUGGAUAACACUCAGGUCUACCUGGUCAUGUCCCAUGACAGCAGCCAGGCCAUGCUUACCCUCAAGGACGACAAGCCAGUUCUCGAGUUCCUUGGGGUUGGCCGCAGCGAUCACGUCCGCAAACUCAACGACUUGCUGGCCAAGGCCACGCAGGCUAUGGGCGGAACUUUUGUUAACAACCCUUUCCAUGCCUUGAUGGGAGGCCAGCAAGUAACAGUUCAUCCCAUCGGUGGAGCUUGCAUGGCCCGCGAUGAUACUGGCGCUUCCGGUGUCACCAACGAUGUUGGUGAGGUAUUCGCCGGAGAUGACGACGAGACCCAUCCUGGAUUCAUUGUUACCGACGCCUCCGUCAUUCCCGGUGCCAUUGGUGUCAAUCCCUUUGCCACAAUUACAGCCCUGGCCGAGCGCUCCGUCGACGCUUACAUCUAUAGGAGAGACCUCAAGAUCCACCCCAACAAGAACGGCAUCUUGGACCUCUUUGGGGAGCCUCAGUUUGCGCCAAAAGAAUCAAAUGAAACGGCAGAGACUGAGGUCGAGAUUAAGAGGAUUGACGAGGCCAGCUCACUCAUCCGCCAUGCCGACCAGUCCAAGGCUGGAGGAUUCGGCUUCACCGAAGUCAUGUCUGGUUUCGUCCACCGUGACGAUGGGCUGGUGACCGACAAGCAGGCCACUUAUGAGCUGGCAUACCGGGCGGCCAAGAGCCUUUGCGAGAGCGCCAGAUUCUUCCUCAGUGUGCAGGCCUUCAACACGAAGUCCAUGAUCAAGGAGCCCGACCACUCUGCCAUGCUGACGGGUACCUUUGUCUGCCCCUCUCUUCGCGGCUCUCCUUUCAUGGUCCAGAGAGGUGACUUCAACCUCUUCAUCCUGGACCAGAAGGCACCGGGAACUCGCAAUAUGACGUACGAUUUUGACCUUCGAGGCAUACACGGCGAGAAGUACCACUUCCACGGAUACAAGGUCGUCGAUUCAUCUGUUGCCCUGGCCCCUUGGCAGUUCUGGAAGGCCACGAGCACCCUUUAUGUCACCAUCACCGAGCACAGUCGCGACCUGGAGGCCGUUCACGAUUGCGACGAGCCGUGGCGCCGCGGAAAGGUCGUUGCCAAGGGCAUCAUGCACAUCCAACUCGCCGACUUUGUCUCUCAGAUCAUGACCAUGACCCCCACGGGGAGCAGUCUUAUCAAGAAGGCCUACAGCGCGGCGAGCUUCCUCACCUACUUCACUCGCAAGUCGCUCUCCCUCUUCCUGGCGCCCUUCACUCCCCUCCAGUAUCCCAGCGUCACCUACAACGGUUACGUCAACGACACUCCCCCCAAGGCAUCCUUCGUCAUCGUCGCACGGGACGGCGUCAAGACGCGCAUGCACAUGUGGGAGCCGACCAACCCUAACAUUGAGACCAAGAACCUCUUCAUGAUCCCCGGUGCCGCAGUCGAUCAUCAGAUCUACGCCCUGCCCACGAUCAAGUACAACGCGGUCAACUACUUCACCCGCGCCGGCUACCGCGUCUUCAUCGCUGUCCACCGCAUCGGCCAGCUCAUGGUCGCCCAGAACAACUGGACGACCUACGACGCCCGCCUGGACCUGCAGGCCUGCCUCGAGUACAUCCGCGAAAAGUACGCCGACGGCAACUCCAAGGAGAACAAGGUCUACUGCAUCGCCCACUGCAUGGGCAGCGUCGCCUUCUCCACGGGUCUCCUGGACGGCACCAUCCCCUCCAACUGGGUCCACGGCAUCACCGGCAGCCAGGUCUUCAUGAACCCCAUCUGGGCGCCCCUCAACAUGGCCAAAGUCAUGAUCGGCCCCGUCCCCAUGGACAAGCUCUACAAGAUGGUCCUCGGCAACUGGUUCUCCUGCAGCACGGCAAAGGACGACAGCUUCCUCCAGCGCGCCCUCAACGAGGCCCUGAGGCUGUACCCGGAAGAGCGCAAGGAAAUCUGCAACAACGCAAGCUGCCACCGCUGCACCCUCGUCUUCGGCCGCUGCUGGAACCACAACAACCUCAACGAGGCGACGCACCGCCAAAUCGACCGCUUCUUUGGCGGCGUCAACAUGACGCAGCUCCAGCUGCUGAUGAAGCAAGGCUUCGAGGGCCACGUCAUGACAAACGGCCCGCUCUUCCGCCCGCUCACGACGACGGAGAACAUUCGUCGCCUCCGGGGCGUUCCCGUCAUGCUCUUCGUCGGCCGGGAUAACGCCGUGCUCACGCCCGAGGCGACGGAGCGCACGUACGAGAUCCUGUGCGAUACCUUUGGCUCGCACGGCGGAGACGGCCAGGGCGGGCUCCAGUACCGCCGUCGCGUCGUUCCGGGGUACGGACACCUUGACUGCUGGAUGGGUCGCAACGCGUGGAAGGACGUGUUCCCGUUUGUCAGGGAGGAGGUCGAUCGCGUCGUUCGCGGCGAGGAGUACCAGUUUGACGACCCUGAUGAUAAGUUCUCUCGUAUGGUGGACAGCGGCGAGCUGCUCUACUAA